CCCGUCAUUGUGUAGCUGUCGUUCGUAUCGUAUCUAUCUCAUAGUGUGAGUGAAAUGGCGAGAAAAAUGAUCGACUUCUCCAAGCUAACUUCUGAGGAACUUAAGGAGUUCAGGGAUAGAUACGAUGCUUUCAUAUUCGACAUGGAUGGUUGCUUGGUUCAUUUAGAAGCAGGACCUAUAGAUGGUGUCAAAGAGGCACUUAACGAAAUUGCCAAGCACGGAAUAUCGAUUCAUAUUAUGACGGAUAAUUGUUUGUCUACAUUAAAAGACAUCUCUACAAGAGUAAACAGACUUUUUCCCGCUAUCAAGAAGGAGAACGUUAUGAGUUGUGGACAUCUAGCGGUGAAAUAUCUGAAGGAGAUAAAUUUUAACAAGAAAAUAUACGUGAUGGGUUCAGAAAGUGGAGUGAUCGUUGAACUGAAAGACUAUGGGUUCGAUGUCAUAUACGACGAUGAAGUAUCGAAAAUAACAAUUCCUGAGUUAAGAAAAGUAACAUUUGAAAAGAAUGUUGGUGCAGUGUUGGUCGCGGCGGACAUGAACUUCACCUUCCUCAAGCUUUUCAAGGCCGCCAACUACCUUGCAGAUCCCGAAGUACUGCUGAUGCAGACACACCUUCCAAACAUCGCGUCCGUUGAUCCCGUUUUACCAGCGGUUGGUGCUAUAGCUGCUUCUGUAAAAGCUGGAUCCGGAAGAAAUGAUUCAAUAGCUACGGGGAAAGGUAGUGAAUAUUGCACCAAGUACCUCAAGUCUCUUGGAUAUCCUGUGGAAAGGUGCCUCUUCAUAGGCGAUGGGGUACCUAAUGACAUCCAUGCUGGUAACCUAAGCGGAAUGGACACUAUGUUGACACUUACAGGAGUAUGUACCCUGAAAAGCGUUGAAAUAGCCAAAGCUAAAAACAAGGAGACCUUCAUACCAACAUAUUAUAUUAACUCGGUCGCUGAUUUAAUAAAAGCUUUUAAAAUAGAAUGAAACUAUUAUGUAUACUAAUGUAAAUAUAUUUUUAAUCAGUAUUGCAAUCUGUCUAACAUGGCCAAAUUAUUUUAAUUAUUUAUCAAGCUUGUAAAAUUUACUAUUCUAAAAUAAAAUUACAACUAAUGAAAAUUUAGAAAUACGGCGAAAUCGCGCAACAUUGUAUUGAAAAAAAUAAAUUAGUUUGAUAUUUUUACUUUUUAUGUUUUUUUUUUUGU